UCAACAAUUGCUUGACAGUGGCAGGAAAAUUGUGGUUUGAUUUGUUUGUUGCAAUAAUUAAUAGUAUUCAAAUUAUACUUUUGCGUCAAUAAUACAAAUCUUAAAGAACAGUCAACGUAAUACUUUCACAAAUUUAAAUCAUUAUGGAAGAAGAAAGUAGAAAACCAAUUUGCCUCAUAAUUUUAGGAAUGGCAGGAGCCGGUAAGACCUCAUUUACGAGGCGUUUGGCGGGUAGAGUAGUAGAAGGUUCUCGACCGUAUUUGAUCAAUUUAGACCCGGCUUGCAGAGAAGUGCCUUAUCCAGCUAAUAUAGAUGUAAGAGAUACAGUGGACUAUAAGGAAGUGAUGAAACAGUAUGGUUUGGGACCUAAUGGUGGUAUUGUCACUGCUCUGAAUUUGUUUUCAACAAAGUUUGGUCAAGUUGUAGACUUAAUAGAGAAAGCAGGAAAGAAGCACAAAUAUUGUGUCAUUGAUACACCAGGUCAAAUAGAAGUAUUCACAUGGUCAGCAUCAGGCACAAUAGUGACAGAAACACUGGCAUCAUCAUGUCCAACUGUAGUUGUGUAUGUUAUGGACACAGUGAGAAGUGUGUCUCCUGUCACCUUCAUGUCCAACAUGUUGUACGCCUGUUCUAUACUAUACAAGACAAGACUGCCUUUUAUUGUUGUUAUGAAUAAGACAGAUGUAGUAGAUAAUGGAUAUGCAGUUGAAUGGAUGCGUGAUUUCGAGUCAUUCCAAGAUGCAUUGGACGCUGGUGUAGAUGGUGAGGGUGGUUCGUAUGCGGGUAACCUUACACGCUCCAUGGCUCUAGCGCUGGACAACUUCUACUCUGAUCUGAAGUGCUGCGGUGUCAGUGCUCAUACUGGUGAUGGAUUGGAUGAAUUCUUCAAAUUAGUUGAUGAAGCUGCUGAAGAAUACGAGAAGGAAUAUAAAGCAGAUUGGCUCAAAAUGAAAGAGGAAAAAAUGGAAGAACGAAAACGAAAAGAGGAAGAGUUGAAAAAAGGCACACAAGAUUCAUCUGACACAGUGAUAGACAAGAAGAAACUUAUAGAGGAGACAGUGGCGGGGAGGGAGAUAGCUGAUAUGUACCUCAAGCAUCCCGGCAAUGAGAGCUCCAGUGAUGAAGAGGGUACAGAGACUGGAGUUAUUGAAGAUGAUAAACCAGAAGAUGUUGCCAUGUUUCAAGAAUUUAUUAGAAAGCAUGUCAAACCUAACAACACGGGAAGUAAUACUUAACAUUAAUUUUGAUUAAAUAUAUUUUUAUAAAAUGU